AUGGCGGCUAAUAAAAAAGCACUGGAGGGCUUAUCGAAAGGGCUGAUGGAGGAAGUCCGGCGAUGGGGUUCCAUGAAGCAGACCGGCGUUAGCCUCCGCUACAUGAUGGAGUUCGGGUCCCGACCCACGCCCCGGAAUCUCCUCAUCUCUGCUCAGUUUCUCCAUAAGGAGCUCCCUAUUCGGAUCGCCCGUCGGGCUAUUGAGCUCGACUCCCUUCCCUAUGGCUUGUCUCAUAAACCUGCUGUUUUGAAGGUAAGAGAUUGGUAUUUGGAUUCUUUCCGCGAUCUCAGGUCCUUCCGAGAUAUUAAGGAUAACAAUGAUGAGGUGGACUUUACGCAAAUGAUUAAGAUGAUUAAAGUUAGGCACAACAAUGUGGUCCCUAUGAUGGCUUUGGGAGUGCAACAGUUGAAGAAAGAUCUGAAUCCUAAAAUCAAUUACAUGGAUCUGGACGAAAUUCAUCAGUUUUUGGAUCGGUUUUAUAUGUCUAGAAUUGGGAUUCGCAUGCUCAUCGGACAGCAUGUGGCAUUGCACGACCCAAAUCCUCUUCCCGAUUGUGUUGGAUACAUACAUACAAAAAUGUCCCCUUUAGAUGUUGCGAGAAGUGCCAGUGAGGAUGCACGUUUUAUUUGUCUCAGAGAGUAUGGUAGUGCACCAGAAGUUAAUAUCUAUGGAGACCCCAAUUUUACAUUUCCUUAUGUUCCAACACACUUGCAUUUGAUGGUGUUUGAGUUGGUUAAGAAUUCACUGCGUGCUGUUCAAGAACGAUUUAUGGACUCGGACAAGGUUUCACCUCCUGUCCGGAUAAUAGUUGCUGAUGGCUUGGAGGACGUAACAAUUAAGAUUUCUGAUGAAGGGGGUGGAAUACCGAGAAGCGGUCUUCCGAAAAUAUUUACAUAUCUCUACAGUACUGCAAAAAACCCUCUCGAUGAGCACUCAAGCACUGACCUUGAAACACCAACAACCAUGGCUGGGUAUGGUUGUGGUCUUCCCAUAAGCCGUUUGUAUGCUAAGUAUUUUGGAGGGGAUCUGCAAAUUAUCUCCAUGGAAGGAUAUGGAACAGAUGCUUAUCUUCACUUGUCUCGACUGGGUGAUUCGCAAGAACCUCUCCCUUGA